AUGCUCAACAUACCGGAACAUAAAUUGAUCCACGACGUCCCGACCCGUUGGAACACCGCGCACGACAUGUUGGUGCGGUAUGUGGAGCAGCAACCUGCAAUAUUCUCUGCCUUGCUGGACAAGACGGCGAAGAAGACGGGGAAAGACCUGGCCAUGCUCAGUGACGGCGAGAUGAAGCUGGCAGAAGGCCUUAUCCAGCUGCUUUCUCCACUAAAACAGAUGACAACACUGAUGAGCAGUGAAUCAACAGCUACAACAUCUAUGAUACUGCCACUCAAGACAAGGACACUACGAGCCAUGACCGCAAACCCACAAGACAGUCCAAUCAUCAGAGAAGCCAAGCGAGCCGUCACAGCAGACUUGGAGAAAAGUGACACAAAUCCAGAUCUGAUUGACUACCUGCACCGGGCUACAGCACUUGAUCCCAGGUUCAAGUCUUUACCCUUCAUUGAUGAAGCUGCCUGUGACCAAGUCUACAAAGGCCUUGUUGCAGAAAUUCUGGACCAUGAGCAACAGGUUGAAGGCACACACGCAGAGGAUGAAGAUGAGGAAAAGCUGCCAUCAGCAUCAGCGUUGCCCCCUCCCCAGAAGAAGACUGCAAUGUCUGACCUAUUUGGGGAGCUUUUCACAACAGGGGAACAACAUCCUAAACCUCUUUCGGCAACCAUUGAGGGGGAGGUGGCAUUAUACAGAGCAGCGGAAUCACUCCAUAUAGAUGGCAAUCCAUUUCAGUGGUGGAAAUUACAUCAGCACAAGUUUCCUUGUGUCUCAAAACAUGCCAAAAGGUAUCUCUGUGUCCCUGGAACCUCUGUUGCAAGUGAAAGAGUGUUUUCCACUGCAGGUGAUAUCGUGAGUGCAAGUCGUUCUUGCCUUUCCCCAGAAAAUGUUGACAUGCUUAUCUUUUUACAAAAGAACAUGAAAACAGAAUAGUGCCUAUAUUAGGCAGUUUAUUGACUUGAAAGUGCACUUGUUUUUGCACAUUUACUCUUUUAUUUACAUUUUAUAAGGCACUUUGUUUAAUUGUGUUAUUUAUGUUUACAUUUUAUCAGCCACUUUGAAAUGUUAUUUAUUUUCAUUUAGUUCACUUUGGCACAUUUAAAUGUUAUGUUCACAUUCUAUCAGUCACUUUUAUGUGUUAUUUGGAAGUUAAAGUGUUCUUUACAGCAUUUUUUUUAUCAGUUUAUGAAUCAAAUUAUGAUCCAUGUUUAGGAUCCAUGUGAUUGAUUGACCCCAGGAUUGAUGGGCCUAUUCCAUGUUUUUAUAUCAGUUUAUGAAUCAAAUUAUGAUCCAUGUUUAGGAUCCAUGUGAUUGAUUGACCCCAGGAUUGAUGGGCCUAUUCCAUGUUUUCAAUAAAAUGCCUUUGAUUUCACCAGUGCCUCUUAUUUCAUAUUAUCACCCUCAACAAUGGGAUUCUCUUCUCUUGUUGGCUGAUGGGGUGACCAUUAAUUUCGUAUAACCUGCUUCGUUCUCAAGUAGUUCCAGAAAAAAAAUAAUCACCGUUCCAUAUCAAUGCGCUUAUGAAUGGUAACCAUAACAACAGUAGUAAAAGUAGCCUAACCGACGGUUGAUUGACAAGUCAUGGACGGCGGAAAAGACAUCGGAAAAAACGAUGAACAGAAUAGAUGAUUUUGUUAUCAAUUUUGUGUCAUAAAAUGUUCUUGGUGAUUUAACAUUUGAACAAUGGCUUGAAGAGGCAUUUAAUGAGACUGACAAGGGGAGAUACACAAGUUUGACAGAAGAGGAAAUUGGAAAGGCACACUUGACCGUAAGGGGCUAUUUUACUGUAACUCUCCAGUGUAACGGUAGCUGUAAUAGGUUGUUUUCUGAAGUUCAAGCGCACGAUUCCUAAAUUUAAAGAAAGUAAUUGAUACAAUUAUAUUCUAAAUAUACGGGAGAUAAAUACAAACGGGUGAUAAGCGGGAUAACGGCCUUCGAGGUCGACCGGUUCGAUGGAAAUAAUGGACAGGUAGAGGCAACUCUGGCUUCAUGCUGCGCUCGUCGCCAGAGUUCUAAGCCUCGUCGGCCGUUAUCCCUUACAUGUUACACUCAGUGCACCAUGUUUUCAAAUGCAUUUAGGGGAACAUUUAUUGCACAAAAAAGCCUUGCAAUUUGUCUGAUUGCAGUCAAUUAACACAUUGCAAAUAGCCUGUGGGUCUCAUUCAUUUUUGUGUUUCUCCCCCAAA